AAGGAACUUGGGAGAAGCUGUCCUAGGUCGCUGUCCUGGGUGCUGAAUAUGACUCCCCUGAACGCCAGUCCCAUCCAAAAUGCUUGAAAGAGACCCGAGUGAACCUUCUCGAAUUGAUCUACAGAUUGUUGGACAAGCGAGAGAUGAGCCAGAUCAUUUGGCUACAUGGCACAGCAGGCGUCGGGAAGUCUGCCGUGGCAUUCACUGUGGCCGAGAGGAUGAAGAGUCUGAAGAUGACAGAGGAGUCGGAAACCGAAACAAGGCUCUCGGGAACAUUCUUUUUCACGCGCAAACACACGAAACGCACCACGACCGGACAUUUCUUUGCGACCCUUGCUUACCAGCUUAAUCCUGCGGUUCUAGACUCCAGCAAGUCUCUUCGCGACCAGAUGAUGGCGUUAUUUCGCCGCCCUCUCUGGCACCUGCAAUCCAGGUCUGCGCGAGUGUCCGCCUCCGGUGUUUGUUGUUGAUGCCCUCGAUGAAUGCCAACCUGAAACCAUCGCUGAUCUGAUCUCCCUCCUCGGAGAAGUUCUUUGUG